AUGCACUUUGGUUAUAGAAAACAAAUAGCAAAGAAAUGGAUAGAUGAAUUCAAAAAAGUAUGGCACAUAGCAGGACCAGCAAUUAUAACUUCAGUUUCUGUAUUCUCUUUGGACUGUGUAACUGCUGCCUUUGCUGGUCAACUUGGAAAACUUGAGCUUGCUGCAGUCUCUGAAGUUCAAAAUGUUCUACUAUGCUUUGUAAUUGGAAUAAUGUUAGGAUUAGGAAGUGCACUGGAGACGCUUUGUGGUCAAGCAGUUGGUGCAGGGGAAUACAACAUGCUUGGAAUUUACUUACAAAGAUCAUGGAUUAUCAGUAUAGUGGCAGCAUUGCUAUUGACACCGACUUAUUUCUUCGCGUCUCAAAUACUGAAGCUCCUACAUCAAGAUACAGAAAUAUCUUAUCUAUCUGGUAAAUUUGCAAUUUGGAUAAUUCCUCAAAUAUUUGCAAGUGCAUUGCACUAUCCUACAGAGAAGUUCCUUCAAGCUCAGAGCAAAGUUUGGUUUAUGGCUUUUAGUUCAAUGUUGACAUUGGCAAUUCAUGUGUUGUUGAAUUGGAUUUUUGUGACAAAGUUGAGUAUGGGACUUGUUGGUGCUGCAAUAGCUGGGAAUAUAUCUUUUUGGAUUUUGGUUGUGUCAAAGAUUAUUUAUAUUGUUUGUGGUUGGUUUCCUGAGGCAUGGACUGGUUUUUCAUUUUUGGCUUUUAAGUCAUUAACCAAAUUCUUGAGGCUCUCAGUUUCCUCAGCUAUAAUGUUAUGUUUAGAGGUAUGGUACUUCACAGGAGUGAUCUUAGUUGUAGGAGGCUUGAAGGAUGCUGAAGUUGCUGUUGACUCACUAUCAAUCUGCAUCAAUUUACAAGUAUGGGCACUUAUGUUUAUCUUUGGUUUCACUAUAUCAGCCAGUGUGAGAGUUUCAAAUGAACUAGGGGCAGGAAAUCCAAAAGGUGCAAAAUUCACAAUUGGAGUCAAUGUCUUGAUAGCAACAAUAUUUGGAGUUCUUUUUUCAGUUAUCAUAUUGACCACAAGAAGACAGUUUCCAAGAAUGUUCUCAAAUGAGCCAAAGGUUAUAAGUGAAACAUCCAAGUUGGGCUAUAUUCUUGCAUUAACCAUCUUCAUUACCAGCAUCCAAACUGUUCUCCAUGGUAUGUAUUUUUUUACCUCACAUUAG